AAACAGCCGUUGCACCGGGAACAUUCAAUUCGGCCAUUCCGUCCAUCUACGAGCGCAGCUACUAUUUAAGAACCAGCGCAAUCUCACCGCAAUCUCUAGUCGCUGUUCCGAGUGUACUCGCAAGAUGAUAUCCGCCCGCGCCCUGCAUUAUGUCUUCAAGAUCGGAAACCGUGCGAAGAACAUCCACUUCUUCCGGGAGAUAUUGGGCAUGAAGGUCCUGCGUCACGAGGAAUUCACACAAGGCUGUGAUGCCGCCUGCAACGGACCCUAUGACAACCGCUGGAGCAAAACAAUGAUCGGUUACGGUCCGGAAGCUUCCCACUUCGUGAUCGAGCUGACGUACAACUACGGCGUGAAGGAGUACGCGCUCGGCAAUGACUUCGCUGGCAUCACGAUCCGAUCUACGGAGAUUGUCGAGCGAGCACGAACCCACGGUUAUCCGGUCGAGGAGGGCGCAUCCGGUCAGCACGCGACUCUCGUGUCCCCGGACGGGUACCGGGUGUUCGUUCUCCCUGAAUCGGUCCAACCCGGUGCCGAUCCAGUACAGCGCGUUGGCCUACACGUAACUGAUCUCGAGCGAUCGCGCCGUUACUGGGCGGAUACGCUCACAAUGGCUCCGGUUGCGGGUGCAUCGACGGAUGCCCUGCAGCUUUCGUACGACCAGGGAAAGUUCGUGUUGGAGUUGCGCCAACUUGCAGCCGGUAAAGCGUUGGAUCGGGCCAAGGCAUACGGUCGGAUUGCGUUUGCUGUCCCGCACGCGGAACAACCGCGAAUUGACGAGCUUGUCCGGGCGGCCGGUGGAACCGUAUUGACACCGCUCAUCUCGCUCGAUACCCCAGGGAAGGCGACAGUUCGCGUGAUCAUUCUGGCCGAUCCGGAUGGUCACGAGAUUUGCUUCGUCGAUGAGGAAGGCUUCUCGGAGCUGUCUGCUCUCGACCCGGAAAGCAACGCUGCCUUGGAUAAGUACAUCGCGAAGGAUCCAUUCCAGGAAAAGUGAUCCAGCGUGAUGCCUCUGGUGCCUUCUUAACCUUACUAAAUGCUCUGCUAGCUUAAAAAUCACAUAAUUGGUUUGUUACGCCCCUUAGAAAGAGGCAAAAUGGUUGCGGGAUACUGUAUCAUUA